UCUUCCAUUCCUAAUAUUCUUAGUAUACUGUAUGGAAUCCACUGCAUCUUCAAAUAUGCAAACAGAAAAUUAAAAUUAUAUUAUGGCACAAAGGCUCAACACUGUAUAAAAUAUCUAAGUUAAGAAAGACAUCAUGGGAUAGUAGAAAUAAUGCAGAUUGAGUCUUUUUGAUAGUUUAAAUGGUACAAACCCUUCACAGAAGAGCUAUCAUGAAGCAAUUCUAGAUAUCUAUUUAUUUUUUGAGACAGGGUCUGAUUAUGGAGCCUUAUCUGUCCUAGAACCCACUAUGUAGACCAGGUGUCUUCCUCUGCCUUCCAAAUGCUGGGAAUAAAAGCAUGUGCCUGGCUAUUGAGACAAUUUUAUAUUUUGUUUAACUUCCAUUUUCUCAUACUUAAAAUAGGAUGGUUUGGGGACUGGAGGAUAAACCAAAGGUUUUGUGUGUGUGUGUGUGUGUGUGUGUGUGUGUGUGUGUGUGUGUGUGUGUAUAAAUAUUAAAAUAAAGAAAUUGGGAUGAUAUUUUUAUGUUAUAUACCUCAUCAAAAAUAAACUUCAGAGUUUUAUCUUAUCUCUACAAUGACCACACAAUUUAAAUUAUCUGUAUUAUUUAUAUGCUUAUGAUUACAAGAAAAUUUCAGAGUACUGAUACCAAAAUAAUCCAUGGAAAUAGUCCCCAUGACUUCAUUGUUCAUUGUCUGUGAUCAGCACCAAGUACGUCCCUGACUCAGGGGAAAAAGAACCUGGGGACUCUUCCUCCUGGGAGACAACAGUUCAGUCCCCUCGUUCACCUUUCUUUACUCUGAACAGUGGCCAUCCUCUGUACAACAUAAGGAAACUGGAUUUGAGAGAGAGCUGACAGGGUUUGUAGAACCAAUAAAUACUUAUUGACAGCAGUGUCCAGAAGGCAGAAGAAGAAGCAGAAGGGUUUUAUCUGGUUCUUUUCCUGAUGGUUCUAUGUUUGGUGUUUGCUGAAUAACUCAGAAGUAUUUAUAGGGCCUGUGAGGAAGCACCUCUAACAGGAUAAGAGGCAAAAGUCAUACUAUCUACCCCCACAGCUUCCUUUGUUUAGCUAGUAAGUAAAUAGGAUCAUGAGUACAGUUCAUCUCAGCUGAGGUCUUUGUGGAAACUGAGUAUUUUCAAGCACGGAGACAGAUGGAACUCAGAAGGCCGAGGAGACAAGGAAAUCUGUUUUUAACACACAUUCUCUGUGUCCCUGUUGUAAGCAGUCAGCUCCUAGUACUUGUCAAUAAACAUUACUUUAGCACUUACUCCCUAUGUGGUUUGGGGUAAAUGUCUUCAACACUGUUUUCUGGACUAUGUAGUGAGCUGCUUACCUUAUCCAGAAGAGAAUUGUGAUGAUCUUUGAUGUAAUUAUAUAAAAUAUUGAUCAGAACAUUAAGCAUGUGAUACUCAAAAAAUAUGUGUUAGUAUCACAUCUCUGUGUGCUGACGUGCAAAUCUGCACCUUGGUUUAGUUUAGACUGUCCAUAAGGGAAUAGAGUUCUGAGCUAAAGAAAAGCAAAAGAGUUUCUUCAGCUUCUUGAUUACAAAUGCCAAACUCUUGGACUUGCAAGAUGGAAAGUCUUUGCUUUUUCUCUUUUUCUCUAGAGCUGGGGAUUCAGGCCUGAACUUAUUGUAUGUAACUGUCUAUUUGCAGAAACCAAGUGGGAACUAAUAAUUCAGAAACUAUCCAAACACCAACCUUAUGCCUAGAUUUCUGUGUUUUUCAUCUCUUCAGCUUGGGAAAGGACAUAUUUCUAUAUUACUACAUCACAGACGGGUUUAUAGGGAACAUAUUUAAUGCCUUGCUAAACAUACAUAGAAUGUGGAGCCAAUCUCACUGUACCUAAAAACCCUCUUCUUCCCUAGUAGUCAUGCCUAAAGUAUAUCAUGAAAUGAGAACAGCUCAGAUUCUACAACCAGAGAAUUCCAUCAUUCCAUUUCAAACACUUAGCAUGAAACUCGCUAAAUGGACUGACUUCUCUGUGCCCUAAAUUAUAGCCAACUUACCUUCCUGUUUCUCUGAGCUAUAGUGAGGAAGUAAUUCAUGUGAUCAGGCUUUAAAAUAUUUGUUAGGAUGUGAUGACUGGUAAACAAUAAAUAUUAUCUAAAACAAAAACAAGUGUGGCAGUGCUACAUAUAGCACAUGGAUCUUUUGUUGGGAGAACCCAAUGACUCGUAGAAAUUUACCAGGGGUGGAUUGUGCUGGGAAACACUGGAUCUGUCCAAGCUUGGGUUUCAGUGCUGACAAAGUGAGAAGAGAAACUAGAAAUGAGCAGUAGCUGAUGGAGCUCUGGCUCCUGUGGUUAGUUGUGAUAUUAUUUGUUAUGGUGGUUUCUUCCUCUUUUCUCCUCCUGGUAGAAUUUAGCAUAUGCAAAGGUUUAUCUCGAGUUCAGUCAUUCUGUUUUCAGACCAGAAACACCACAGGAAAUGUUGGCAGAAUGUGCUGGACGUUUUUCAUUUGCCUUUAAUGAUGCCACUAGUUAUCCCUUGUGUCUCAGGAAGCUAAACUCAAAUGAAUAUAUUUUCUGGUCAAACUCAGCCUCUGAGCGAUAUGGAGGCAUAGUCAGAGUGUAAUUCCAAUUCACUCCUGAUGUUCUGCAUCCCAGCCCUUGGCUCUGGUGAGGCAGACCACAAAGUCCCAGUAUGUACCGUCCUUUGUGCUUUAGGCCAUGGGUUGAUAUGAGCUCUGCAGUACAUGUUUUAUCACUCCCUCCCCCUUUGGCUUUCUUAAUAACCUUUCCCCCAAACUGUAGCCCUAUUAGUGAGUUCCUUUUCAUUACCUCUUGAGUGUGCCAUUUGUGAUGGAGAACGAUUGAUCCACUGAGAUUCUAAAACAAAAAAGAAAGAACAUGCAAUUUUGCAAGUUGUAUGGACUAUAAAUUACUGAGAGGUGACCUUUGGACAUAAGGACAAGUGGCCUAGAGAUCACUGAUGUCUAAGAGAUCAAAUUUCUCAGUACUAAUGCUGUAGAACACAGGAUGUGAUGAAAAUGGCCAUCUGUCCACUUAAUAAUUGAUUCCUCCUCCAAGAGUAAAAUUACCUCUGGAUGCUGAUGCCCAGGCAAACCCAAUCUUCAUGACCAAUAUAGAAUGAGUAGGUGUGACUAUGAUUCAUAUCUCUUCUCAAUUAUGCCUUUCAAGAAGCAAGUGUGGGUUUGUCACCUUCUCUUUCCCUUUCCCUUGGCUCCAAUAUUCCAGAAGAUGAAAAUAAUGCAGGCCUCUUUUAGGAGAAAACUCUCCGUCAACCACAGUCCCUGGGGACAAACUAUGAGGGAGAUCUAAAUGUUUACAGCGCUGACUGCUAUUUUGAAGUUUACUCGAAGUUAUCUUAGCAGGCAGUAUCAUCCUAAUCAAUGGACUGAUGGGAAAAGACUUUAGGGAUGAAAUCCCUUCCAAGCUUCCUUGUUUGGAAACCCAAAAGCUAUGUCCCAAGUUGGUUUGCCUAGAGUGGACUGCCUUUGUCUUUGUUCUCCGAGUCAUCUUUGUGCUUCACAUCCUACACCAGAUAGAAGUUUACUCUGUGUACCUCAUCUUCAGCAUCUGCUACCAUGUGGGGAUCAGAGCAACACUGUAAUUUGACCAUAGCCAUUUUGAGUUCAGUACAUCCUCAUUUCUUCCUUUAUUGAGCUAUGUUUAAAGUUAAGCUUUAAAAGUUCCACUUUCUGGAUGAUGAUGCCUCUACCUUGCACUUUAAUCCCCAGUGCAUUUUACAGCUGUGAAAAAGUAGUCAGUUCCAUUUUUUUUUUUGUAUCAACCUACUCCUAAUCGCAAGAGGAAUUAUUUCUGUCAGACUUCUAUGUAGGCUGCUUUACCUCUUCAAGGACGUUCAGCAUGCACGAGGAAGAAUUAUACAGCUCUCUUCAGUGGGACAUUCCAACCUCAGAGGCCUCUCAGAAAUGUUUGUGUUCUAGCAAAUGUUCAGGAACAUGGUGUGUCAUGACGGUGAUUUCCUGUGUGUUCUGUGUGGGCUUAUUAGCGACAUCCAUUUUCUUGGGCAUCAAGUUCUUCCAGGUGUCCUCUCUCGCAAUGAGUCAGCAGGAAAGACUCAUCCAGCAGGACAUAGCAUUGUUGAACCUCACAGAGUGGCAGAGAAACUACAUCCUGGAGAUGAAAAACUGCCAAGCCUUGCAGCAAAGAUCUCCCCGCUCAGAUUGUAACUGCAGCCAUUGUCCACACAACUGGACUCAGAAUGGAAAAAGUUGUUACUAUGUCUUUCAAAUCCAGAAAAAAUGGAAUGGCAGUAAGGAGAUUUGUUUAAACGAGGAUGCCAGACUCCUUCAAAUAGACAGCAAAGAAGAAAUGAAUUUCAUCCUCCACAGCAUACGGAUGACCAAAGAAUUUGGGUACUGGGUGGGAAUGUUUCAAGAUGAACUCAGUCAAUCUUGGUUCUGGCAAGAUGGUUCCUCUCCUCUCCCUGACUUUUUGCCAACAGAGAGACAGUUAUCAGCCAGCCAGAUCUGUGGAUACCUCAAAGACCAUUCCCUCUUCUCAGACACCUGCAACAACUGGAAAUAUUUUAUCUGUGAGAAGAAUGCACUCAGAUCCUGCAUCUGAAAGAUCCUGCUUAGAGCCACCUCUGUUGCAUGAAGGUUUAGAAGAGAUCAAAGAGCAAAUGCAGGAGGAGAUUGGUGUGUGGGCUAUGAAAGCAAACUUGCUUUUAUAUUUACGCUUAGCAAUACUCUUGAAUGUUUUGCAGAUUUCAGUUGACCUUGUCCUGUACUAUGCCAAGGAGAAAAUUGAUUUAGAGCUACAGAAGCCCUGACUCAUUGAUAACAAAGAAGAGAAAAUCAUUUCCUGUUUGUUUGGUAGUCCAAAGUGAUUACCCAUACCACCAAGAAAUUUAGCCAUCAUUGUGGGAAUUUGUUUGUACAGUAAUCCCUAGUUUGUUUUUUAAUAAAUAAAUUUACCAUUAUACUUAACAACUGAUAGAUUUUUCUUCAGAUCAGCUUCUAGGAAUUUUAUAUCAUGAGAUCACACUCUGAGAGGAGACAGAUAGAUUUCCAAACUAGUGUUACUAUGAAUCACAUGCCUGGGGUCCUUUGGCUAUAGAUAGAAAUGAGCAGGAUGGGGACCUCCAGUGCUGGUAAUCCUCCUCUGACACCCAAGGCCUAGGGACUGACCUCACAGAUAUAGAGGCUUGCAGUUCCUAACCCUAGGAGCUUGGGGGUCUAUUGCUCUAGGAUCUGGAUGUGCAGGCUGGAGGCUUAUUUCUCUGGGGUUUAAUCACCACU